CAGCCGUCGUUCGUACGUGGUGUACGGUGCGCAGUACACCGUUGUGUUUCCAGCGGGUAACCGUGCGUUUAAUCCGGGUGUCCAGAGAAAACCUGUGGGAAAGGGGGCAGGUCCUUUCGUUCCAGGUUGUGUCCCAAAAAGGGGACCGCGGCGGCGUCUGAAUCCGUCGCGAAACGGUGCGUCGUUUCAGCUGGAGAGCCGUUUUCCUCUUUAUCCAGCACAGCUCGUGCGCUGGAGAACGGAGGAGGUUGCUACAACAGCAACAACAACAACAACAGUGUUGCUGACUGCUGGUACAACUACUAGCACAAAGGCUGGGGAGCUGGUUGGUGGCGAGGCUGUUGCAAUUUGGCAAUGUCCAGCGGGAUUGGUGGUGCCGAAUUCCGCCGAAGGUUGACGGGUUGUAGGAAGAAAGUGUGUGUGUGAAGGUAGCUGAAGCAAUAGAAGCUUGUGUUGUUGAGUGAGAAUAUACGGAAGAAGGUGGAAGCCGACAAACGGCGAGAAAUGGAGCACGACAUGGUACAGGUGCAGUAGAAGAGAAGGAAGAGAGUGAAACGAAAGAGUGUUGGGGCAGCGACUGCAGCAGCACCAGCAGUCUGGAUGAAGGGAAAAUUCUGAUUGUGUGAGAAGAAGCAGAGGGAGAGAAAAGCGCUGCAUUCGCAAGUUGUGAGUGAAUACUCUGGAAGAGAGAGAGAGGGAUGAAGUGGUAAAGAGGCUGAGGAAUGCUGGCUGAGGAAGCUGAGGUGUGGAUGACAAGCAGACAAGCAGUAGCGUAGAAUACGAAUACGGUGGAUAGCAGCACGCGCGCGAGUGUACGACACACUUGGAGCUUUGGUGUGGUGAGGAAGUGGUACAAGAAGCGCAAAGUCGUGUUAAAGAGGCACCCAAGGUUUGGUCACCCGAUCGCGCAAGAAGAAUAAGAGAGAGAGAGAAAGAAUCGGGUGCUUUAAAUGAGAAGAAAAGGAAGCUGUGUGUGAAGAGUGGAGAAGGCCAAUUUGGCGUAUGCGUGAGAGGUCGUGCAAGUGCUCGUGGGGAAGAAGCAAGGAAGGUGAAGCAAGAGAGCGAUUAUAGAGGCGAGUUCGAUAAAUAUACACAACUCUGGAAAGAAGAAAGAGUGAACGCAGAGGAACGGAGAGCAAAGGAGUGGAAGGCGCGACACCGACGACCGAGCCAAGCUGGUUAAGCAUGUAUAUGGCAAAACCGACGAGCUUACAGUAGCACUCAGCUAAGCAGCUUCCAUCACCGAGUGUAAACAACAACAACAACAACAACAAAAACAACACCGGCCAUAAUAACCAGUAGCAGUAGCAGAAGAAAAAGACGACGAAGAAAAAGCACGCACAAAGAUUAAAAGAACCGGCAACACUGAUAAGCCAUCGUCGUUGGCCUGUCGGAAAACCGCUAAUUAGCCUAACUUGUGCAAAUAUGACCGUGAAUUUGUGCGUGUAAAUUUGAGAGUAGCUUUUAAAAAAAAGUCUGUCCUUCUCUGUGUGUGAGUGUGGAUGUUCCAGUGUGUUCUAGUGCCAAAUUACCGCAAGAAGUACACCGUUCAAGUCCAACCUUCCGUGUCGUCGUCGUAGUCUGGCGAUUAUUUUGCGCCUAGAAGAGGAAAAAAGAAGAAGAAAUCUUUUUUUUAAUGUGAAUAUUUUCCUACUACACUUUUUGCUCUUUUGAGAGGAGAAUAAUUGCGGCGUGUAACCGCAACGACAGCUUCACGGCAAAAAGCUUCCCUCCGCCGAUAUGCAUACCAAUUGAGAUAGUAUCUGUGAGUGAAAAAACGAGGAAAAAAGAAGAAAAACGAAAGGAAAUAAAACGCCGAUCGCUGGCAUGGAGUCGCGGCAAAAAAGUGGAAUCAAAUUUACAUAAAUGCAAUUAAGGUGCAGUGAAGUGUGCUCCGAUCCGUCGUCGCCAUCGACGGUUGGCUGAUCAAUGAAUCCAUGUGUACAACCGGAAGCGCUUCCACGUCCUUCCCCACUUCCGGUGGAAAUUGUGCAUCCCCAAAUGAGUACUAGUAUCGAAGUUUAAACGAAGCAAAAAACGUCCUCUCCGUUGGGAUAUUCGCCCAUCGCAAUGUCCUUCAACGGCAGAGACCUGAUGAAGCAGCAGCAGCAGCAGCAGCUUCAGCACUUCAACCAGCAGCUACAGCAGCAGCAGCAGCAACUCCAGCAACAGCAGCAGCUGUCACCCCAGCAGCAGCCGCCUCCGGAGUACAACCAGAGCGUACUGACGAUGCAAAAGUCCGUCACGAUUACGGUGACGCCGCAGCGCAGCAACUCGAUGGAUUUGCUCAACUUCGAGGAAAAGCGACAGCUGAUCGCGUCCUCGCUGUCGCUGUCGGACAUCCUGCACGUCAGCCCGGCGGCGGCCCACGUUGCGAAGGAGGUGGCCGCCAGCACGGUGAUUGGUGAGUUUGCUACCAAGAAACAGAACGGUGCCACCCUGCGGUCCAACAGCCUCAACUCGGGCUCGCGGACGCCACCCCUCGAGCGGAAAAGCAAGUUCAGCGCGUUCGGGCGACUCUUCAAGCCGUGGAAGUGGCGGAGAAAAAAGAAAAGCGAAAAGUUCGAGUCCACCUCCAAGUCUCUAGAGCGUAAAAUAUCAGUACGUGCCAAUCGCGAGGAACUUGUACAAAAAGGUAUCCUGCUGCCCGAGAGUCCAACGUCGGCGCUGUCCAUAGCUGCCAUUUGUAUCAGUCCCACGGAAUCGCUGACGUGGUCAACAUCAUCCCAUAGACAGCUACAAACCUUCCAUCAGCCGAACCAUUAUCGAAGCCAAAACGAAGAACAAUAUACCAUUUACAACUCGGUGAACGGUUCCAACUCAGCCGUCCUGCCAAAUCUCGCGAACGCAUCAUCAUCCGCCGCAGCAGCACCAAAUACUAGUAUAACCAACAAUGUGCCUUUAUCACAAUCGGCUCAACAAAUCAGCAGCGUGCUCAGCAACAGCAGUCUGAACCACCCUAGCAACAACAACAACAGCACUAGUAGUAGUAAUAGUAACGGCCCGCUGAGCUUGGCGUCGAUUCUGGGCGGCGGAAAUUCCGGAAAUAACGCCGUCAUCGGUGCCAACAUGAUUGGCGGGGGAACGGCCGGUCAGGCACUGGCCAGCAUACUGACGGGCAACUCGGUCGGGAAUAGUAUAGGUGGGAGUGGUGGCGGCGGAGGACAAGGUGGGUUGUCCCACUCGCAGUCGGCGCAUCAGAUCGGUUCCGGAGUGACCGGUGGUGGCCAUGCGCCGAUUUCGCAGCACCAGGCGCUCCAGCAGCAGCUGCAGCAGCACUUUGCCAACGUUGCCGGCAACAGUAGUAGUUUAGAGCCACGGAAAGAAAAGACUGACGGCCAGGGUAGUAGCGCCAAUGGCGUCGAUCAACAGUCGACUUCGUCGUCGGCAGGAUCGUCCCAGGUGGCGACCAUUGCCGACCAACUCCAGCAGCAGCAGCAGCACCAUCACCACCACCAUCAGCCGAAGCCGGAACGUCCGAACUCGCUCGGACCUCCGGCGACCGUGGCCAAGCUGUCCGUUGCGACCCGCCGGGGUCACUGCUACCACAGCGAUGGUUUUCAAGAUAAUCAACGGAAGACGCCACCGCCGAACAGCGAACAGCUGCAGAACCAGCACCAGCAGCAAUCCAACCAACUCCCAUCGCAAGCGGCCCUGUCCGCGGCGGCGGCUGCCGUGGCCCAACAGCACCAGCAGGCCCUCCAGCAACACCACCAACUCCACGGCCAUGGCCAGCACCCGCACUCACACCACCUGGCGAACCACAUCAUGCUGUCGGAGCUACCGGAACCGCCGAUUCCGGUGUCCGAAAUCGGUCCGAUUCCGCCACCGCCAAUGUUCUCCACCCCGAGUCCCACGCUGAUUGGUGGACGGUCGAUGACGCAGCAACAGCAGGCACUCCACCAGCAACACCACCAGCAACUUCAGCAGCACCUGCAACAACACCAGCAACACAUGCAGCAGCAACAAGCGCUGCAGCAACAGCAGCAGCAACAACAACAGCAACAACAGCUGCAUGGCUCUACUAAUGUGCAUUCCACUACUACCGGUAGCAAUAAUAGUAUUAGCGCGAGUAACAUUAUACCGUUAGAUAUGAACGAUUACGAUUACGAUGAUCAUGAAAACAAUGAUCAGGAGGAGCUCGACUCGGACGAGGAGUACAUGUAUACAAUGUCGCAACCAAAUCCCGCCAUCGAUACGAACCGUAUCGACGAAAUCCCUGCGAAGGAGCCCAAAUUCAACGCAGUGCCAUUGAAAUCAGCUUUAAAGAAGAAGGGCUCGAACCCGGGCACGCCCACGCAGGACAACCGGACGCUCACGGUCCGGUACGACAACAACGCGACGGCCACGAUCAAGCCAGUUUUACGACCACGGAUUAGAAUAUGCUCGCGACCGAUGCGUUUCCAGAUUGGCCUACCGAGUACGAUCGAGAACAAGGAAAACACCCGGCCGUACGUGAUCCGCGAAGGGCACGCGGACAACGAUGACCAGAACGACGGCCCGAUCUGCUACCGCGAGGAUGACGCCGACCGGGCGGCCAAGAUCGCCCGCAAGGAGAGCCUCUCGAUCAAGUUGGCCCUGCGGCCGGACCGGCAGGAGCUGAUCAACCGGAACAUCCUGCAGAUGCAGUCGGACAACGAGAAGCAAGAGUCGAAGGAAGCGAUCGGGGCGCGGCUCAUCCGGCGGCUGUCGAUGCGACCGACGGCCGAGGAGCUAGUCGAGCGGAACAUCCUGAAGACGCAAACUCCGGCCGAGGAGAAGAAGCAAAAGGAGGAGAAGAAGCGCUACCUGCUGCGGAAGCUCAGCUUCCGACCCACCGUGGACGAGCUGAAGGAGAAGAAGAUCAUCCGCUUUAACGACUACAUCGAGGUGACGCAGGCCCACGAUUAUGACCGGCGGGCGGACAAACCGUGGACGCGGCUCACCCCGAAGGACAAGGCCGCCAUCCGGAAGGAGCUGAACGAGUUCAAAAGCUCCGAGAUGGCGGUGCACGAAGGCAGUCGACAUCUCACCAGGUUUCAUAGGCCAUGACAGCUGCAAUGCAGGAUCAAACAGAGACAUUUUGCCGUUCAUUACUUUACAUUUCUUAUUAAGAACUACUACAACAACCAUUUGAUUGUGUACAUAUAAAUCAACCAACCAACCAUCAGCAGCAGCAGCAACAGUAACACAAAUUGAAAUAAUUAGCAGCCAACCCUGGUGAAGUCGGAACUUCCUGUCAACCCAAUCGGAACCUUAAAUUUUUGAAUCACGCCGCAACUUUUUAACCCUUUGACGAUUGGUAGCAGCAGCAGCAGCAGCAGAUUCCAGGUUCUGGUCACCCAGGUAAGGUACGGCGUUUGCACCGUAACAGAAGGUCCUACAAGUUUUGUUUGUAGUCGAACUCGCUCUGGGUCAUCGGGGGAUGGGAACGGCAAAAAGAAACAGAAAUAUUAAAGCAGUAACAAAAAAAACACAGCAAAAAAAA